UUGACUUGUUUACUUAUGUCAAACGGCUAAAAUACGCCAGAAAUGGAUAAUUGUGGAGAGAGUGUUUUACAUUUUUCCCAUCAUGCACUCUAAUAGAUUUAAAUGGGGGUAAUUUUUUUUAUGGUGUUUGGACGUUUUUCAUAAUAUCCACAAUGUUCAGUGAGCAGGUUGUGUUAUGUGUGACCAUGUGUGUUGACCUUUAUGUUAGUUUUUAUUUUUUUAUUUUCUACAUCAUGACUAGGGAAGGUUGUUUGGAUAGUGGCAUAUAAGUGAAUGCUGUGCUAUUGUUCAAAAGUACCCCCAAGGGUCAUUGAUUUGAUUAAUUCACAAUGUCCACAAAAUGGCAACAAAUAUGGAUCAAUCAGUGACCGCCUGGUAAUUAAUAUUGAUUUGAAAGCCAUGCUUUGUUGAGCUCAAGACAUCUUGCGGGCCAAGAUGAAGAGGCUGGCAGGGCCGCACUUAGCCCAUGCUCUGCAGUUUGGACACCCCUGGAUUGCACAAUGUGACAAGUAUUUUAUAGAACAUUAUUAUGACCAAAAUUGACCAACUAAUAACGCAACAUUUAAGGUAAAUGUGUCCCAUGUCAUACAAUGCUCACAUACUAUAGAUGAGCCUAUGUUGAACUGAAUGAGAAUGAUCUUCCAUCCAUCCAUUUUCUACCGCUUGUCCCUUUAUGUUGAUUAUGCAAAAACCGAUUGAGGCAAAAUUAAGUGCAUUACUUGGCUGCAACCAGCAGAGGUGCUGUUGAUUCAGUCUCAACUAGGUUGCUUUUCGAAGAAGGACAACAUGACAUUUUUACUACAAGAAAUAGUGUUGAGUAAUAACCAAAAACAACCUCAUAAUUGGCUAUUUCCGCCUGAGACCCAGCAUCUUUGUUGUUGGUGUAUUUCUUUUCUCAGUUACUCAUCUUGAGGAAGAAAAAAAACAAACAGCUAUUUUCGCAUAACACCAAUGUCCACUGCACAGGACGUUGGUUCUUAGGAGGUUAUUCUAAGUGAAAUCUAGCAAAAACAAUAGAAAAAGUCGUAAAAUUCAACGUUGAGCCGCGCUUUACAUGCCUGCUAAUGACCACAAACACACAUAAAAAGCUUAGACGAGGCGGUUACGGAGCGCGUUGCAUUUUAUGUGUCUUUUUACAUUCCUCCAUCUCCUCACUGUCACCUUCCUGCAGCGCAUUCCAGCAGGCCGUCUGUUAUCUUUAUUGGCUGCGGACGGGCAGAAUUACAGCAGCCGCAGGACAGUUCCUUGGAGGAUCAGAAAGACAGACGCAAAGCCCUUAUCAAUGGCCCGCUGAAUGAAAUAUACGGAAAGGAGAGAUGAUCCGCUGGACGACGUCGUUGAUAGCGAGAGUGGCCUCGAAGCGACACCCACGGAGAGCAGCAGCAGCAUCAGCCCGGCCGACAUGAACCUGAUCGGGGGCUACCAGCACCACCACCACCUCAUGCACGAACCCUUCCCGUUCGUGCAGCGCUGCCACCAGGACGCGCCUUACUUCCAGAGCUGGGUGCUCAACCACGGCGAGGUGCCGCCGGACUUCCAGAUCCAGGCUCCCUACGCGGCCGGGGAGCUGGCGCCGGCCGCGGCGCACGAUGCCCGCUUGGAGGGCCUCCAGGCGGGGAUGGCGAAGCGGCGAGCGUCGGGGCCCAAGAAGGAGCGCCGGAGGACGGAGAGCAUCAACACGGCGUUCGCCGAGCUGCGGGAGUGUAUCCCCAACGUACCGGCGGACACCAAACUGUCCAAAAUAAAAACGUUACGCUUGGCCACAAGUUACAUCGCCUACCUGAUGGACGUCCUGGCCAAGGACUCUGGAGAGACUGAGGGCUUUAAGGCCGAAAUUAAGAAAUUUGAGAACCGGGAUCUGAAAAGGAAGAGAGAGAUGAAUGAAGGCCCACAGGACUCCUUCGCUGCCGAGAAGAAGGUAAAGGGCAGGACCGGGUGGCCACAGCAGGUUUGGGCUCUGGAGCUCAACCAAUAACGUAAAAAACAGACAAAACCACUUGACUGUACGUGAACGCAUCAUCUGUUGGAUCCCGCAGAAAAAAAGUAAAGACAAAAGACUUUUCCCCUCUUCUUCUGGUGUUUAUUAAAUGUAUAAUAUUUAUCCCCUCCAUGUUGUCGUCUUGGUGUCGCAAACAUCCAUUGCAAAAACUAUAUUUGACACUAAGCUUAAAUUAUGGAAUAAAGUGGCGUGGAAGUGCAUUAGUAUAUGUUGUAAAAUGAGAAAUUUAAAUUAUUUUUUUCCAGGUGCAGAUUUUGUUUGUUGUUGCUUUUGCAUUUUUGUUAAUGCUGCAUCACAUUUUACUGUAUUUUUUGCAAAAUAAUUUGAAGCUUUUCUUGAUUUUUUUUAAAUUAUCCAAUGGUUACAAAAUUUGUGUUGGAACGAAAACUUUGUUUCAUAAGUCAGGAAUGACUGGUUAUUGAUUUUAAAGGUAAAUGCAAAAUAUAUUAUGGCAAAUCUGGGUCAAAGUUCAUUAACCAAAUAGCAGUAAUUUAAUUGGCCAUAAUAAACAUUGACUUUUUGUGUGAAGCCAUAUUGAGGCAUAAUCAUAUAUUUUUAGUGGCUGAACAAAUGUUAAAUAUGUGUAAUUAUAUGUUCUUUGUUGUUGACUCAAUCUACCUCAAAGCUUAUAUCCUGAAUAGACACAUGAGAAUGUCCCACUUGACGCACAGCAGCCUUUCACUCCAAAAAGGGCAAACGCAGAAACAAAAACAUUUGAUUAAAUGGUUUAUUAUGUUAAAUGUGGAUGAAAUGUACAUUAGAUGUGAAGCUAUUAUAUAGAGGUCCGUAAAUAAAUGAAUUAUU